AAAGAAACGAGUUUCGAAAUAUGUACCACAGUGCCAUGCAGCUGCCAUGCAUCGACGCGCACUGCGUCAACGUUUCUGUACGACAAGCAAGAUUGCGGCGGGGAGGUUGGGAUCGCCAGCCUCCCAUUUUCAUCAGCAAUCAACACAAUCCCCUGAUUGAAUUUAAACAUCUCAACCGAGACUGGAAUGCUUUCAUUCCUUAACCUAUCUUCGCUUUUAGUUCCUAAUCUGUGAGUUCCUGGCCGCUUGGUGGGUCAAGUUGGUGUCCACCAAUAGGAGAGCAGUGUCGUUCAUUCAUUUCGAGAAGAGUAGCAAGUCAUCAUGCGGAGAACAUUAGCAUUGUGGAUGUUCAGCGCGGUAUCAACGGGUGCGUUAGAUCAUGGAUAUGGUCAUGGACCGGUGAUGCCUAGCGGGUGGAACAUCACGUCAAGGUCGCCUCCGUACUGGCCGCGUCCCAGUUCUAUAUCAUCCCUUUCGAUGCAUAGCCUUUCAUCAAUACUGUCGACUUCAGAACCUUGUGAAACGGAGACCACUCGCCCCUUGCUACCUCCAACCUCGUCAACGAGCUAUCAAUCGCCUGUGCCGCCUUCCCCAACGGUGGUAUAUCCACCUCCUGGCACCCCGACGGAGACAUGUGCGCCUUCAGUCCCUACCACGGGGCCAAAAUCCUAUCCUCCACCGCCCCCGGAGACUAUCGUGUACCCUCCGCCCCCACAUUCCCAAACAAGCGGCACAGCGCCCGCAAUCGUGCCAUCCUCAGCUCCAACCUCCGCUACGAAGACGUACGGUUCUCCUACCCCUACAUCAAUACCCGUCUCUUAUCCCGCUCCAUCGCCCUCUGAAACGAUAGUCAACCCACCACCAGCUAGCUCGGUGCCACCAUCGUCGUAUCCUGUCCCUAGUGGAUCUGGAACGGAGGUAGUGCCGCCACCUCCAAGCUCAACACAUACAGUUCCGAUACCCACGCCUCCAGUCCCUGGCACAACAAUCUCAUCUUAUUUCCCGCCUGUUCCUUCCUCGAACGAGGUCACCUCUGCGAUCCCAACGCUUUCGGGCACUUCGGCCGUCCCUCCACCCGGCAUUUCGACGCCUAUCUCAUAUACCCCACCUUCACCAUCGGAGACUGUGAUAGUCCCUCCACCUAGACCUACGAGUGGCCUCUCAACUGGAGCUCCACCGCCAUCAGAGACCACCGUAAUUCCUCCACCGGGCACACCAAGCUCAAUUUCCUAUCCACCACCAUCGGAAUCAGGGACUAGCGCUCCUUCACGGGUACCCUCCGAAGCCUCCUCCGCACCGCCAGCUUCAUCGACACCUCGAGCAUCAUCUGGUGUUUCUCCCUCCCUAGUUCCGACGUCCGAGGUUCCAUACCCAUCCUCCGUCCCUUCGCCAUCGCCACCAACGACAGUCGCGACAGAAACCGUGCCAUCGCCCUCUGAAGUCUCCAGCAUCCUCUCGACCAUAGCGUCUGAGUCCUCUUCCGUCGUCUCCGAAGCAUCAAGCAUUGCUUCAGAGACUAAUCUCGCGCCCACCACAACUGGGAGCUCGACUCCAUCUCUUUCACCGACUACUUCCGAGCCCACAAGCAUCACAGUCGUCGGAACAUCAGCCCAGACCACGCUCGCCACCACUGCCACAUCAAGCUCAACUGCAGGCGCACAAGGCACCGAGAUCCCACCUGCACCAAGCGUAGGUGGAGCUACAAGCACUCUAAGUCCCGGAAGGGGAAAAGAAAGAGUGUGGUGGGUCGUGUUCCUCACUCCACUACUCUUCGCUAUAUGAGGUCCACUAUAGAGAACGGAGCUCGAGAUGUUUAUGAUUCUUGUAUUGUUAUGAUGUUUACGAUACCAUUUUAAUGUUCGUGGGCUUUCUACGACGGCUGGAUCCUAGUUCGCGGUCAAACAUUCGGCGUUUUGGGUUCUCUUUUAUGUUCGGGCAAGGCUUCGAGCGAUAAGCUUUGAAUUGGUUGAUAUAGAUCGGUGGUCCCUCCAAAUGGGAGGAUAUGCGACGCGCUUUGCGUCGAAGGAUGAACAGGACAUGUACAGCAUACUGGUACAAAGUAUCUCUCUGUAAUGUAUACUAGCACAUUCCCACUAUCUGGGUAACUACUAUAAGUGCGCCUCGGGCUGCCAUAAUCCAUUCC